AUGAGUCUCAUUGCACCCCGUGUUGUGGUAAUGGAGAUGGUGGCAGGUUUGACAAAUGCUCUUGCUUUCAUUUACGAGUUGUCUGGUGUUGAGAUUCAAGAACUCCAGAUUGAAGCAUUGUCAAAGCGCAUGACGUCCCAGAACUUGAAAUGGUCUUCGAAAUGGGGUGGAUUCUCAUUUGAAAUUGAUGAGGACAUUUGUGCUCCGACAAUGUUGAUGCACGUCCAGCAAAAAGUUGUCAUCAAAUCGCCAGUUGACCUUGCCACUUUCUUUGCUGAAAGGGAUGUGAACGUUUUGGCUGCCUUACGUGCGUUGUUAGGUAUUGCCAUGCCGAAUGAAAUCUUUUUCUUGCCAGGAGGUGACCUUGAGGCCAGAAUCAGACUGUUACCACAACUCCAUGUUGACAAUCACGAGAUUCAAUUGUUCACUGGUGUUCCGACGUCUCUGAACAUUCCAUCAAAUGCUUUUUCGACUGCCGAAGCCAACUCUCCGUGCAUCAUUGUCUUGACAAAGGCAGGACCACAUGUUGUGAGAAGGGACCAUGGCAUGACCAUACAAGAUGUGACGUUGAUUGUGGAUCACAACUUUGGCAUUCGUUGCACACACUUGGUUGGAGUCUUUGGAGAAAAGCACCCGCCUCUCAUGAUCUGCCCAGAUGCUGUCAUUGCGAUGGAUUAUGAAUCUUUUCCUGAUGAUUUGGAAAUUUUUGAUUUCAUUGAUGUACAAGUCGAUGACCAAGGGCUGUCCUUUGUCUCAGAUUGGACUGUGCUGAAGGAUUUCUCAACUUUUCUGCAGAGAACGACCCUGAGUGACAUCAUGCAGGCUCUUGGAUGGAUGCUGGUUGUCGAUGCACAGUCGGCCGUGAAUGAUGAUAUCAAAAGAUUCAUGGUGGUGCGACGCCCCUCAACACUUGCGAUUUCUCUCGAUGACUUAGUGUAUUGCUUGGCCAUUCAUUUGUUUCUCACCAAGAUUCGCUUGUGGACUGUUGUCGGUGAAGCGCCCAGAGUCAGAUGCAAAGUCAAAUUGUGGCACGUGUGGAUUUGGGAUGCUCUCAUUGACCCCGCCAUGUCGCUCUCCCUGUUUGAAAACGAGUGGAACAAGAUCUCAGAGCUUUUCAAGUUCCAAAAGCCCUGGCGAUUCAUUGCCAAUGGCAGGCAAUUGAACCCUGAGUGGCCCUUGUCAGGAUUUGUUAACUCUGAUGAAAUGGGAAACAGUGAAAUCACAAUCUUCAUGAUUUUGGGCUUGCGUGGAGGAGGUGGCCUGGUGAAGUUGUUGUCCAGCGAAGAUGUUGAAGUAUCAGGCAAUUUCAGAGAUUUAGCCCAUUUGGAGUCCAGCAACUAUGAGGCUGCGAUGACUAUGUUGAAGCUGCUUGGAGAUGAAGUUGCAGACAUUCCUUUCAUUGCGCCACCUUGGGGUCGCUCCUUUCAGAGGAACUCCAAGAAGAUUGACGAAUUGAUCCAGCAAGUUCGUCUGGAUAGCCAAAAAGAGAUUGCAGACAUCAAAGAUAAUGUACUUCGUCUUGAGAAGGCGUUAGCAAUCUCAAAUCAUGAUGGAACCAUGGCUGCUCAGUUUGCUGAGUUGAAGCAGAUGAUUGCUGACGUUUCCUUUCGAAUGAAACGGUCCACGUUGAAGAAGACUGCUGUAGCAGUGGCAACUGCUAUGGUCGUUUGUGUGGGCAUUUUUGCCUUGUCAACGAAUGGCUUCAGCCACAACUGCAACAAUGUUGGAGCUUUGCAAGGCAAGUCUGCUUUGGAUCUUGACUCUGCCAUCCGCACCACUAGUGAAAAACUGAUUCAGGCAGCCAAGAACAAUCAAACUCUGGCUGAUGAGACUGUGAUGAAGGCCAUGGUGAAGGCAGGUCACAAGGUUCAGGACCACUGGGAGAAGCACCACAUCCGCAAGUUGGAUACUCUUGUGACGAUCCGAAAGGUGAAAGGAUUCCGCCAAGGACAAAAGGCCGCGCUUGCUGGACGUGCGGAAUGCUCCUUCAACAUUUUGGAGGCAUUUGUCUCAGCAGUGGGUAUGGGUGAUGACAUCAAUGCCAUCAUUCGAACUUGCCCUGCACCUCGUGAUGGUGAGUCUGAGUUGGCUUGCCAGGUGAACGGUGGCAUCCUGGGUGCUUGGGUGGGCAACCUUGCUACAAAGCUGGCCUUAGCAGCUUCCAAUUGUGCGCUGAGCAUCAACGUGGAUGCCAUUUGCUCUGCUGGUGUCACAGGCUUGGUGUCAGCCAUGGGAGAGAUUGCAGCUGGAGCUUCUUUGGGUGCGGCCGUAUGUACCGGAACUCCGCCACAACUGACCACCACCAAGAUCAGUGUCCUGGGAGAUCAGACUGUCCGGGACAGUCGACGUUUGCUGAUUGGAGAAGGCGCUGUCGGCAACGGUGUGCAGUGUGGUGUGGAUGUGGGCAUGGUGGCAGCCAACAUUGCAAACAUGGGUCUUGCCAUCAACAAGGCCGUGAAUGUGAACAAGUGCAAAGCGAGCACCUUCCGUUCACCAUUGAACGUGGUCAAGGGCAUCCCAGAGUCACUUUGCACCGUCGACAUUGGUGGUGCUGUGGCCUACAUCGGUCAGGUUGUUACCUUCAUCAACCUAAUUGUGGUUCACUGUCAGGACUUUCUGGAUGUCAACGCACUUUGUGCUGGCUCCAUUGCUGCGAUCACCACCGGUGCAGCGGCCAUUGCGCCCUACGGCGCAGCAGUGCACGCGGCCUGCGCCAACAACCAUUUCUUGAAAACACCCAAGAGUCAAGAACAGCUUUCUGCAUUGUGGAAUUCCCCGGGCUAUGAUCCUGUGUCAGGCCUGAAACACCCUCGACGCUUGACGGAGGAGGAAGAGAUGGCUGCUAAGCAACCCUUGAAGGAAAGCUUGGCUCAGAUCGCAGCGAACCGUGACACUUUGGAGGAGCUGAAGAAGGUGACGGAUGUUCCCAAGCCGGGCAACACAGAGGCAGACAUGGAGACUCUCUUGAGCCUCAUGGGCGGCGAGGACAAGCCGCGUGCCGCCUGGCCAUUUGAAUGCUAGGUCACGUUGAGAGCCGUGAGGACAGCUUUUCGACGUGUCGCCUAUUCUCAGUAAGUGGUCAGAUCGUGUCAGAAGAUGAAAUGCAGCUGACACAUCACGGAAUCGUAAUCAUUUUGAUUAUAUUUGAAUAUAUAAUUAAUAAUAGACAUAUUUGAUCCAUUUUGAUUUUCUUUCUAUCAGCUUAAACGCUGUUGGUGCUAGGUCAACAUGACCUAGCUACCUGAAAUUACCUGGAUCAUGGAUGAUUUGGGUAGGCUGUUUUUGGGUUGGUGUGGAAUCUCUGCAUCAGUAAAUCCCUUCCUGUGCUUCUGCUGACCUGACGACAGUCCAUGUCGAAUGGUACUGGCAAAACCCUGUUGACUGUGGCCUUUGCAGCUUC